CACACUCUCUCUCUCUCCUCUUCUUGUCUUCUCUUCUCUCUUUCCUUCUCUUCUCUCUUUCUUCUUUCCCUUCUCUCUCUCUCUCUCUCUCUCUCUCUGAGCUCAAUUUCGUGAUGGCGCUCAAAUUGAACGCUAACAACAACUACCUUUCACUAAGCUCUUCAAAUUGUUGGCCUUCCAAUGGCUCCCCUUGCACAGGCAGAAAAGUGUUGGCUUUGCGGUGUUUCUUACAAAAUAAAUGGGGUAAUUCAAGAAAGGGCUGCCUGAUACGACAAUUUUUUGUGUCGAAUGGUGAUGCUGGUUUGGUGGGGUGUGGGAAGUACUAUAUAACGCUUUCCAAACCCAGGAGGAGAGGAUACAUUUUCCCAUUUGCCUCAGCUGAUGAUGGUGUGACUGUCAACGGGAGUCCCCAAUCUAGCACGAGUACAGACCUCGAGAAAAUGAGGGUGAAACUUAAUAGCUCACUUGAAGAUGGAGACUUCUGUGAUGCACUUGUUCAAGCUUUAUAUGACGCUGCCAGGGUUUUCGAAUUAGCUAUUAAAGAGCAUAAAUCAUUAGCAAGAGUAUCCUGGGUUUUAACUGCCUGGCUUGGGGUAGACCAAAAUGCAUGGGUGAAGGCAGUGUCAUAUCAGUUCAUCCAGGCUGCUGUUUUCUCCUUAUUGCAUGCGGCAAGUGAAAUUUCAUCGCGAAGAGAUGGCGGCGACGACAGAAAUGUCAAUGUCUUUGUUCAAAGGAGUUUGCUGAGGCUAUCUGCUCCCUUGGAGGGUUUAAUUAGAGAAAAAUUAUCAACCCAAAUUCCCGAAGCAUAUGAAUGGUUCUGGUCUGAGCAGGUUCCAGCUGUUGUGGCAUCCUUUGUUAAUAAGUUUGAAGGGGAUGGACGCUUUUGUGCUACUGCUGUUUUGAAUGGAAAAAGUAUGGGUUCAAGCAGUGCAAGUGACACGUCCCUUCUUCUGCUUGCACUAACAUGCAUUGCUGUAGUCUCUAAACUUGGCCCGGCCAAAGUUUCUUGUUCACAAUUCUUUUCCAUGAUCGCAGAGAUAACUGGUAGUUUAAUGGACAUGCUGGCUGGUCUAAUUCCUGUAAGCCAAGCUUAUAAUUCUAUAAAGGAUAUUGGUCUGCACAGAGAAUUUCUCGUUCAUUUUGGGCCAAGAGCUGCAGCCUGUAGAGCAAAAGAUGAAUGGGGUUCAGAAGAGAUUGUUUUCUGGGUGAAUCUUGCUCAGAGGCAACUGCAGCAAGUUAUUGAUAAGGAGAAAAUCUGGUCAAGACUGACAACUUCUGAAAGUAUUGAGGUUUUGGAGAAGGAUUUGGCUAUAUUUGGAUUCUUUAUCGCUUUAGGAAGAAGUACACGGUCCUUCCUUUUGGCGAAUGGUUUUGAUACCCUUGAUGAUCCACUGGAAGAUUUCAUCAGGUACCUUAUAGGAGGCAGCGUUUUCUACUACCCUCAGCUCUCAUCCAUUAGUUCAUACCAAUUGUAUGUGGAGGUAGUUUGUGAAGAGCUGGACUGGCUUCCUUUUUAUCCGGGUAUCACCAGCAUUACAAAACAGACACACACACAUAAAAGUAAAGAUGAAGGCCCCCCAAAUGCUGAAGCAGUACCCCAGGCAUUUUAUGUUUGUUCUCAUUGGAUUCAGAGCUUUAUCAAAUAUAGUACAUGGCUAGAAAGCCCCUCAAAUGUGAAAGCAGCUGAAUUUCUGUCAAUAGGGCACAAGAAAUUGAUGCAGUCCAUGGAAGAACUUGGGGUGAAAACCAUGGAAGAACUUGGGAUGAAAACGGAGAAGACAUUAGAAAAAGAGAUCAAGAAAACAGUUGAUAAACAGAGAUCUGCAGUUAAGUCAAUUGCAAAAGAUUCAGAUUCAUUUGAUGAG